CGUGAAACAAACAUUUACCACCGCCAGGACUCGUGUCAUCCAGAGAGGCGCGUACUGGAUCUGCUUUACGCACCAUCGGAUGCUGCGCACUAACCAUCCAAGCGUCCUGCACAUCGAGGACAGUGUGAAUCGUCACCGUUACCGGUUCACGCCUACCGGAACAAAGCCGACCGAAGUUGACGAAUUGACGGCUUAAGUGUACUUAAGUGCGCCGGUGAGGACUCUGCGUCGCUGGCCAUGGAGCGGUGGAAAGGCAGAGUGGCCCUGGUGACCGGAGCCUCGGUGGGCAUCGGAGCGGCUGUGGCCCGGGCGCUGGUCCAACAAGGCAUGCGGGUGGUCGGCUGCGCCAGGAAUGUCGACAAAAUCGAGAAGCUGGCUGCAGAAUGUCAGAGCGCGGGUUACAGCGGCACAUUGAUUCCUUACAAGUGUGACCUGUCCAACGAGGAGGACAUCCUCUCCAUGUUCUCGGCCAUCAAGACACUCCUCAAGGGUGUGGACGUGUGCAUCAACAAUGCAGGACUAGCCCAUAACGAGCCCCUGCUCAGCGGGAAAACAGCAGGCUGGAGGAAUAUGAUCGAUGUGAAUGUUCUAGCCUUGUCAAUCUGCACCCGGGAGGCUUACAAAUCGAUGAAGGAGAGAAAUGUGGAUGACGGGCACAUCAUCAAUAUUAACAGUAUGGGCGGGCAUCGAAUGGUGCCAAGUGCUGAUGAGCAUUUCUACUGUGCCACAAAAUAUGCAGUGACCGCAUUGACUGAGGGAAUACGGCAAGAACUACGGGAAGCAAACACCCACAUCAGAGCCACUUGUAUAUCUCCCGGGAUUGUUGAGACUGAAUUUGCCUUCCGUCACCACAACUACGACCCAGAGAAAGCAGCAGCAGUGUACGAGAGCAUGAAAUGCUUGAAAGCAGCUGACAUCGCCAGCGCAGUCACAUUUGUCCUCAGUGCCCCUCCUCAUGUCCAGAUUGGAGAUGUUCAGAUGAGGCCGGUUGAGCAGGUGUCCUAGUAGUGCAAGGAGGAAAGCUGCAGGAGGAGCCCGCCUAUGUCAGCAGCCACGGCGACUCGUUAGCGACAUCUUGCUGGGCGCGGGAGGGAAGGGGCGGGGUUAAUACAUCUGCAUGCGGGAGGGGAGGCGAGGAAGACCGUUGCUCUAAUGGAGGCGAGGAAAUGAAGGUGGUGGACUUUGUAGACCACAGUGAAAAUACUACUGAACUCCAGUUUGUUCAUCUCAGUCGCACACUGAGCCGACUCCCAAUGUUUGGCAGGAGCGUUAAAUCGAAUGGUGCUGUCAUCUUUAUGACCUUGACUUCAGAGGGAAGCUAUUGACUGCACAGUUUCUUUAUUUUUUUCAUAGGUCAUAGAGCGUAUCUCGUUUCAACUUUAAAGGAUUUCUUGUUCAUAAUAACUCAUCAUUUUACGAGCUUUUAUAAACAAUAAUAACACGGGUGUCCAAAUUUUUCCCACUGAGGGCCACUACAGAAAAUGUAAGUAUUUGGGAAGAUGUUUUGAUACAUUUUGUACAUUAAAGAUACUAAAAUGAUCCAACGUAGGUCAAUAUAUGCUAAGAUAUCGGAAGAAAACAUCCUAGCUUUGUUAUAUGAGUAAAAAGGGAAAUGAGUGUAAUAUCUAGUAAAUAUCAAUGAUAAAUGAGUUUUACCUACAGCCGCCCCUCGUUUGUAGCUGUAAAUUGGCCGCGACUAAUUGGAAGUAUGGAAGCAUUAAUUAUAAAUGAAAUAUUUUCAUAGCUAGAGCAUACAAAACUAAAUGUUUCUCAAGAUUAUGAGAAAGUAGAAAAUGGAUGGAGAGCCCUAUAGGUGUAAAAAAAACCAAACAAACCCUUUAGUCACAUUUACAGUCCUUGCUGGUGAGGCUGAGCCAAUCAGUGGCCACGAUACUGAACAGCACGCUCUGAUUGGGUUGAUCUUCUCUACUGUAGUUAAUUCAGCCAUGUUUAUGCUUGAAAAGGCUUACUGCAGGACAAAAACAUUGUACAAUGUGCUUAAAAAUAUCUCCCAAAAAUUUGUGAUGUGGUGAAGCCACAAUAUUUUAGAAGUAUUAUGAGGGACAAAAGAAACAUUUAAAAAAUACACUGAUGGCCCCGUGGCCUCAAUUUGGACACCCCCUACCAUAGACGUUGUUUUUGUUCCACUUCAUAUAACUACUUAACAUUUUCCAAGGCUUGCCGCCUUUACUUACAAUACAAAUAUACUCGCUUGACUUUAAAUUGAAAUCCCCUUUUAAUCCCAUGUGAGCAGCCGGCAAAAAAUGAAAUACAAUACUAACUACUGUAUUCUUUGCGCAUGUGAAAUUUCUCUCCUACAAAUUUUUGGGUCGUGUAAUUUCAAUCCAGCACUUUGAAUUAAUUAAAAUACCAGAGGUACCUUGAAGGCAAGACAAAUAUUUAAUCUAUGUAUUUAAUGAAAGAGAAAAAUAAGGAAUACAUCACAUCUAUUGCCUGCCUAUAUGUAAAGUAGAGCGUGUGGAUGUAGGACUUAACAAGCGUUGUACUUUGCACAGCAUAAAGUAAACCUGUCACAUGUGGAAUAGGUUUUAUUACACUUUACAUCACACAAUACGCGAGCAGCAUGACCUUUGUGUUCCUGACGUUAUCGUUUUAAUCAACAAGGCCCUGUUGCAUUCUUGUAUUUGACCUAAUAAAGAAGUCACAUACACUGA